CGAGCAGGCGUGUUACGCGAGAGACGCUCUUGCCAAAGAGCUGUACUCGCGGAUGUUCAACCACGUGGUGUUGUGCGUGAAUCAGGCAUUGGCCAACCGGAACGAGGACCAAGUGCGGAUCGGGAUCCUGGAUAUUUACGGAUUCGAGGUCUUUGACUCGAACGGCUUCGAGCAGUUUUGCAUCAACUAUGUGAACGAGAAGCUGCAGCAGAUUUUCAUCGAUUUGACUCUGAAGGCUGAACAGGAGGAAUAUCAUGUGGAGGGAAUCAACUGGACACCAAUCGAAUACUUCAACAACAAAAUUGUCUGUGAAUUGAUUGAAGGCAGGAAUCCACCGGGCUUGAUGUGCAUCUUGGACGACAUUUGCGUUUCUAUGCACGCAGUCAGUGAAGGUUCAGAUGAGAAUUUCUUGAAGAAAUCAAGAGGAGCUGUCGGAGAUCAUCCCCACUUCAUGGUAUCAACGAAAUCGUUUGUUAUCAAGCACUACGCCGGCACUGUUGAAUACGACGCCGACAGCUUUUGUGUGAAAAACCGGGAUGUUUUGUACUCUGACAUCGUCCAAAUGAUGCAAUCUUCUACUAGCGGGUUUUUGCGGAGUCUGUUUCCGGAAGACACGUCGGGGAAAAUUAAAUCGAGACCGACGACUGCGGGGUCGAAGAUCAAGGAGCAAGCGAAUUCCCUCGUUCUGGCCUUGAUGAAGUGUACACCGCAUUACAUUCGUUGUAUAAAACCGAAUGAAACUAAAAAGGCCAGGGACUGGGAUGACAAACGAGCUUUGCAUCAGGUCCAGUACUUGGGGUUGAAGGAAAAUGUGCGGGUUCGUCGUGCGGGUUUUGCUUACCGCCGGCCCUUUGAUAAAUUUCUGAGGAGGUACUCCAUUCUUUGUCCUCGAACUUGGCCGAAAUGGUUCGGAGAACCGAAGGAGGGAGUGAAACUCAUUCUUACGAGCGUGGGUCUGGAUUCGAGUCAAUGCCAACUAGGGAAGACCAAGAUUUUUAUAAAAGCUCCGGAAUCUAGGAAGUUCGACGUGUACGCCCGAGUGAUACAGAAUGCGUUCCGCAACCACUUUGCCAAGCAGCGCCGCCUCGUCAUGUGCACGGAGGGCGCCGCUGUGUUGGGCGGCCGGAAGGAGCGCCGCCGGAACUCGGUGAACCGGAGCUACGUUGGGGAUUACAUCGGCGUCGACUCCAAGGCCGAGAUGCGUCAGUUUAUCCCGAGGCGGUGUCGGGUGGAGUUUGCGCAACGGGUGUCGAAAUUCGACCGGCGGUUCAACUUACAUUCAAAAAUGGCGGGUUUCGCGAUGUCCUUCUUGUUGGUGUUGCUGGUGGUGCAUCCAGAUGCGUCAUCCGGCAGGUGUGUCGUCAAAGAUGGCCGCCUUCAUUGUACGGAGGCGUGUGACUCGGACGCGUUCAGGGCACCGGAGUUCAAAGGCAAGAUAGUGCUGACUGGUCCAGUCCUGGAUUUCGGAUGUCUGGACUUCUUCGGCAUAAAGAAAGUUGAACUGCUGGCUCCUACUCGGUGUGAGGGAACUUUUUGUGCUUCGUUCGUGGAUCCGGUCAAGUUGUGUGUGGCUCGUCAGAUUUCGGUUGAAUUGGAACGUUUUGGGGUUUCUUCGACUUCAAUUCAAGUGUCGGAGGUGACAGAGUCUUCGACGGAGGUGGAAAGUUCAGCAACUUUGACGAUCUUGGCGACGGCGGCGACAUCUGUUACCGCUUCUGUCACCACAGCUCACAUUCCAGAGUCAAUCUCCAUCAGCAAUAUCGUUCCUGAGCUGCUGACGACGCAAACAUCUGCGGAAACAACAACACCAACUACCCCAGCCCUUGUUGUUACCAAGCCUUCAAUUUUGGUCUCCGUUCUUAAUAAUUUGCCUGAGACAAACAUCCUGGCUGGUGACCGUGCUAACAUCACUCUAACGGUGUUGGAGGGAAAAGCGGUAUUGGGGGCAGAAUUUGCCACAGAGCUGUUUUCGAACUGGGCCAUAGGGUUAAUUAGCGGCCUUGGCGUGACGGUCUUUGGGUUGGCUGCCGGGUGGAUUACCUGGUGUUUGAGGAAGAAGCCUUGGUUGCUGUCACUCCUGAGGAGAGCGGACGAGUUAUGGAGGAUCCUCACGCCGCCCAUGACUCCGGCAUCGUUGCCUUCACCACCGCCAUUGUCGGAUGAAGCACGUGAAGUGGCCUUC